AUGGCCCUAAAUUUUGGCCAAUAUUUGCGCCGAGAGUGUGGACUGGAAACGGGAGAUAUUGUUUGUUUGAUUACAUACAACAAUGACAUUCAUAGUAUGGCACUGUUGGGUGUUUUAGCUGCCGGUGGCGUCUAUACUAGUCUAGACAUGUCGUCAACUGAAUAUGAAAUUCAAACUACUGUCUCAACAAUUAAGGCAAACAUUUUGAUUGGAUUUGAAGGAAAUGUUGUUUAUUUGAAACAAUUGAAACAAAACUUUGACUUCAUCAAGACAAUUCUAUUAUUUAAAGAAAUUGCUAAAAAUGUUUACCCGAAAGACACGGACAACAACAACACCAAUGAUUUAUUGAUAACUAAUGUUAUAACAAACAUAUCGACAACAACUACGACACCAAAUAAAUUGUAUACCGAUUCCGAUGAUAACAAUAGUUGUUUGCCGAUUAGCCGAUCGCCGGACGAUAUGGCAACGUUGCUAUUGUCGGGUGGAUCUACCGGCGACCAGAAAGCUAUCGUAUGGACCAAUGGUCAAUGGUUGGCCACUGUGUCCAUUGCCGGCCACAGGGAAUUAGUGCCGCUAACCGGUAACGACAUACUGUUAACCGACCUAUACUGUCAGGGAACAGGUGUUAUUCAUUUGAUUCACUCGUUAGUGUUUGGAUCGCAAUUAGUUGUUAACAGUUCCAGUAAUAUUAAGAGUAGUAGUAGUAGUAGUGGUAGUGGUAGUAGUGGUAGUGGUAGUGGUAGUGGUAGUGGUAUUGGUAGUGGUAGUGGUAGUGGUAGUGGUAGUGGUAGUGGUAGUGGUAGUGGUAGUGGUAGUGGUAGUGGUUUUAGAUUGUCAAGCAAUAUAAUAUUUGAUUUGUUACACAAGUAUCGGAUAACCAAUUGUUUUGUCGGACCAAACGAUUUGUUGUAUUUGUUGAACAAUAGCCAGAAAUAUGACAAACAAUAUUUGCAAUCAGUCCGCGACAUACGUGUCACUGGGUUUGCUAUAAGCGGUCAACUGUACGACCAAAUCAAACAGUUAUACGAUUUUGAAAAAUUCAAUAUAAUAUACGGUCUGUCAGAGUGUGGGAGAGUAACCACUAAACCAUUGAAUAGGAAACAACAUGUUUUGUCGAUACCGUCCGAUAGUAUCGGUUGUGUUGUUCCCGGAAUUGAAGUCAAAAUUAUCGAUGAAAGCGGCAAUAGUUUGCCGGCCAAUCAAACGGGACAGUUGUGUAUACGCGGACCGACUCUAACAUCAGGAUAUUUAGGUAAUAACAAUGUUUUCUCUAAAAUGUUAACAAACGAUGGUUUCCUAAUGUCCGGUGAUUUGGGAUAUUAUGAUGAAAAUGAAUUUUUUUAUUUUGUCGACCGAAUCAAAGAUAUUAUCAAAUUUUAUGGAGUAAUAGUAUCGCCAAUAGAGUUAGAGAAUCAUCUAUUGACUCAUCCGUCCGUCAAAAUGGCGGCCGUUAUCGGUAUCGAUGAUGAACUGUGCGGUCAGAUACCCAUGGCUUUUGUUACACUGAAUACCGGUGCCAUCGAUAAGGCCGGGGAUAUCAAAGAGUAUGUCAAUAAACGGGUUGAUUUCACCAAACAAUUGAGAGGCGGCUUAAAAAUAUUGGAUAAAAUGCCCUUGAACAGUUUUGGCAAAAUUGACAAUUUAUAUAGCAAUAUAUAG